AGGAAGGGUGUGGGGGUGAGGCCCAGGUGGAGACUGGGACCUGUCAGCUGUGACAGCUCAGCGCCCCCUCCCUCGGCAGCUCCUCCCUUCUCUCUCUGUCUACCGCUGGAUAAUCAAGGGGGUUCCAAGGCAGCCCAGGAAAAAGCCUCCGCAGCAGGCAGCACUUCCUUGCUGACCAAGAAAUCAUAGACAGGGUGUGGCCAAGGGGCCUGAGGGGCCAGGCCUUGGAGAAGAUAGGGGAGAAAGGGACCCAGCGUGGGCAGAGGCCAAGAAUGCGAGGGAGAGAGAGAGAGAGAGAGAGAGCGAGAGCGUGCACAAGUGAGCCAGAGAGUGAGCUAGCAGGUCUGGCUGCUGGUUAGAUAGCUGCAAGGACCAGCACCUGACUCACCUGGGCAUGCCAAGACUAGCCAGUCUGCCCUCACCCUGCCCCACGGUGACCAUGAAAGCCGCCUCGGGAGCCUAGGUAUUUGCUGUGUGCCCUGAGGCCUGAGUCUGGCACCCUGGCCAUGUGCAGCCCAGAGGAGGCGGCCCUGCUGCGGCUGGAGGAGGUUUUCUCAGCAACCCUUGCCCGCAUCAACAGCCUUGUCCUCCAGCCCCUUCUUGAGGCUGCUCCAGAGGCCUCAGACCCCUGGGUCCGAGAGUGCCUGCAGCUCCUGCAGCAGCUGCACAGGAGCUCCCAGCAGCUGUGGGACAUGACGGAGGAAAGCCUGCACUCACUGCGGGAGAGGCUGCGCCACCCUGAAGCCGUCGGCCUGGAGUCCCUGCUGCUGCUGCAGAGCGCGGACCGUGUCCUGCAGGUCCACCUGGAGUACAUCGAGUCCUACACAUGCUGCGUGGCAGUGCAGGCCUUUCAGAAGACAGCGAAGAGGAGGAGUGAGUACUGGCGGGGCCAGCGGAAGGCGCUGCGGCAAGUCCUGUUGGGCGUGAGCUCCGAGGGCUCGGUGGGCACGGCCCUGCUCCAGGCCCUCCGCCAGCCACUUGCCCAUCACGUGCAGCAGUACGUGCUCCUCCUGCUGAGCCUCGGGGACACCAUCGGGGAGUGUCACCCCACCCGGGAGCUGGUGAUACAUGCUGCCGGCCUCUUUGGGGACUUGCAGUCCUUCAUGAGGCAGGAGCUGGACGAGGCCAUGGCCACGCAGGCCCUCUGGCCCACGCUGAGUAGCCGGCUGAGGGAUGUGCUCUGCACCCCUGCUCGCCGACUCUUGCAAGACAGCCAGGACGUCCCCGUGACAGUCACCCCACUGCGGGCAGAGCGCGUGCUGCUCUUUGAUGAUGCCCUCGUCCUGCUGCAGGGCCACAACAUCCACACCUUUGAUCUGAAGCUGGUGUGGGUGGAACCUGGGCAGGACAGGUGCGCGUUUCACCUCCUCACACCCGAGGAAGAGUUCUCCUUUUGUUCCAAGGACCCGCAGGGCCUGGUGGUCUGGCAAUGGAAGGUCACCCAGGCUGUGUGCCAGGCCUUGCGUGGGAAGAAGGACUUCCCUGUGCUGGGAGCGGGCCUGGAGCCUUCUGAACCCCCCACCUGCCGCUGUGGAGCAUACACCUUCCGUGCAGAGGGCCGCUUCUUCCAGGCCACCUAUGAGGGCGAGUGGUACUGGGGCAGGCCCCAUGGCAAGGGAACCCUGAAGUGGCCAGAUGGGCGGAAUCACGUGGGGGAUUUCUGCCAGGGCCUGGAGCAUGGCUUUGGCAUCCGCCUGGUGCCCCAGGCCUCUGAGGAUAAGUUUGACUGUUACAAGUGCCACUGGCGGGAAGGCAGCAUGUGCGGCUAUGGCAUCUGUGAGUACAGCACCAGCGAGGUGUACAAAGGCUACUUCCAGGAGGGCCUGCGCCAUGGAUUUGGGGUCCUCGAGAGUGCCCCACAGGCCCCUCGGCCCCUGCGGUACACGGGCCACUGGGAGAGGGGCCAGCGGAGUGGCUACGGUGUCGAGGAGGACAGCGACAGGGGUGAGCGCUAUAUUGGCAUGUGGCAGACUGACCAGCGCCAUGGCCCAGGGGUCAUGGUUACCCAGGCGGGUGUCUGCUACCAGGGCACCUUCCAGGCAGACAAGAUGGUGGGCCCAGGGAUCCUUCUCUCUGAUGAUGACUCCUUAUACGAGGGCACUUUUACCAGGGACCUGACCCUCGUGGGGAAGGGCAAGGUCACCUUCCCCAAUGGCUUCACCCUGGAGGGCUCUUUCGGCAGCGUGUCAGGGAGAGGACUGCAUACCCAGGGUGUGCUGGACACAGCUGCCCUCCCUCCAGAUCCAAGCAGUACCUGCAAGAGGCAGCUGGGUCAGGGCGUCUUCCCCGUGGAGAGCCGCUGGCAGGGUGUCUACGGCCCCUUCUGGGACUUUGUUCGUGCCGGCUGCCCUGGGGACCUGCGGGAGGCCCUGCUGGGCUUCCACGUGCAGAGCUCAAGGGAGCUGCGCAAGUCGCAGGAGUACCUGUGCUGUGAGAGGACCUGCCCUGAGGACCAGGCAGGCAGGAUGGAGGACCUCCUGGAGGAGCUGGUGCAGCACCGGGAGCCCGAGGCCCUGCAGCAGUGCCUCAGGAAGGCUCUGAGCAACUCUCUGCAUCCCCUGGGGAAGCUGCUCCGGAUGCUGAUGUUGACCUUCCAGGCCACAUACGCAGGUAUCGGGGCCAACAAGCAUCUGCAGGGGCUGGCGCAGGAGGAGGUGAAGCAGCACGCCCAGGAGCUCUGGGCUGCCUACAGGGGUCUGCUGCAGGUUGCCUUACAGCGCAAGGGCCAGGCCCCAGAGGAGGAUGAAGAUGCAGAGACAAGGGACCUGCGGGUGCACGGCUUGGUGCUCCCCCUCAUUCUGCCCAGCUUCUACUCAGAGCUCUUCACCCUCUACCUGCUGCUUCAUGAGAGAGAGGACAGCCUCUACAGCCAGGGCAUCGUCCACCUGAGCCUCUUCCCUGACACCAGGCUGCUCGAGUUCCUGGACGUGCAGAAGCACCUGUGGCCCCUCAAGGACCUCACACUGACGACCAAUCAGAGAUACUCCCUGGUCAGAGACAAGUGCUUCCUGUCGGCCACGGAGUGUCUGCAGAAGAUGAUCACCACGGUGGACCCCCGGGAGAAGCUGGAGGUGCUGGAGAGGACAUACGGGGAAAUUGAGGCCACCGUGUCGCGGGUGCUGGGCCGGGAGCACAAGCUACCCAUGGACGACCUGCUGCCGCUGCUCAUCUAUGUGGUGUCUCGUGCCCAAAUCCAGCACCUGGGAGCCGAGAUCCACCUGAUCCGUGACAUGAUGGACCCUCUCCACACAGGAGGCCUGUAUGACUUCCUGCUCACAGCUCUGGAGUCCUGCUACGAGCACAUCCAGAAGGAGGACAUGAGGCUGCAUCGCCUGCCCAGCCGCUGGAGCUCCAGGGAGCCAUGGUAGCUCGGCUUCUCCUGGACCCACCGCAGUGCUGAGAGGGCCGCUGUGGAAUGCCCAUGGCCCGGGCCUGGCCCAGCCUGGCCCAGGGGGCAGAAGGCAGGAUGGGCCCUGGAGGUGACUCUGGCUCUUUGAGGAGAUGAGGUCCAGUUUCUCCAGGGAGAUGCUGCCGGAGUCCUGACUGGGAUGAGGGUGACGGGUAUGGCCCUGGAGCUGGUGGUCUGUCCCCCACCACUCUCCAGGCCAGCCUUGGAUGACCUCCUCAAUGCUGAGGCAAAGAGACCCUGACUUCUCCUUGCCUGAGCCUUGCCUUCACGUGACUGAGCCACUCUGGGCCUCAGUGUUGCCAUCUGUAAAAUGGUGGACUAGGGGAUCUGUAAAGAGCCUUCCAUCCAUCUUGCUGACUUCUGGCAUCCUUCCGUAAGUCUGACUUUGGUCUGUUGGGCUGUAAGUGAAGUUCUUGCGUCAUGGGGGUGUCAUUCCAUUUCUCCUGUCCUGGUCAGAGGCUCCAAACUGCUAGUGACCUCUUCCUUUAUUGGUUUUUAUUUUUUUCCCCAUGAGUCAUCUUCCGUGGACCUGCUUCCUUCCCAGCUCUGCCCCAGGGCGGAGCUGGCCUCUCAGGGUCUCAGGGUGGGAACUGUUCCAGCUCCACCCUGCUGGGUGGCUUCUGGUGAGGCCCUCCCUUCAUUGCGUAUGCAAUUGAGGGAGUGGGCUUGGGGGUCUCUGAACUGCAGUCCACAUAUAAUGGCCAUGCUGGAGCAGGCUGGAGGGAGAGGAGAAAGAAACUCACCUUGCUUGUCUCACUGUCAGCAGGUACCAAGGGAAUUGGCCUCUGAACCUGCAUGUGUGAAGGACAGCAGGGGCCCAAGUGUUCCGGCAGGGACUGUACCCAGGGAUUCAGGGGGCCAAUCCAAGGACCCUCAGAGAUACUAGGGAGCAUUAAGCAGAGAGCCGCAGGUGCCUCCAGAAGAAGGGGCAAGGCUGAGCUUCCCUGACUGAUUCCACCAAGUGAACAGCUGGAAUGGAGAAAGGUUUUGGGCUCUGGUUUUGCCAGACAUGCCCGAGGUGUCCUCACAGAGGUCCCUGGAAGAGGACUGAACUGGUGAAGAAUAGGGAUCCCCAGGAUGCCGUGGGCACGCCCCUCACCCAGGACCGUGGAAGCUCUCCAGCAGUUGUCAGCCGGUUCUCGUCCUUUAACGGGUGACAGCAGCCUUGCCUGAGGGCAGCCCUGAGCUGGUGCGGUGCUGCAGCCUCACUCCCCGCACACUCCCUGGCUUCGUCAGCAUCGGUGCCCACUCACCACAGAUCAGAUUCACCUGGGCCCUUUCACCCAUCCUCUGGCUGGGCCUCGCCCACACCUACUGAACUGGGCCCUCCCGACAGGGCUUUGGGAGAUUCCCAGGGCAGCUCUGCUGUCAGACCCUUUCAGCACAACUGCAGAGCCAGCAGAGGCCUUCAGAUUAGACAGCAGAUUGACAGCUAAGGUCAGUGCUUCAUUUACAGAUGAGACGCCUGGAGCCAGGUGACCACCUGCCGUGUAAGUCCCUUGGGGAGGCUGAUGGAAAUGGCCUGGGGCAGGCUUGUCCACCCUCAGUGAUGGUGUCUCCCAGCUGCUGUGGGAGCCCUUUGGCUGCGGAAGGCACUGGUGUCCACUCUGUGAGUCUGGUUGGAAACCAGGGACUCUGGCACCUUGAGUGAUCCCGUUGAUGUGCAAAGUAGCCUCUGCCCCCCACCCCCCAUCUUUCUGGUCCCCAUCUCCUCUCCAGAGUGAGGAUUCUGCUUUCAGCAACAGUUGCGAGGAAGUGGUAGAAUUCUUCACGGUCUGUCUCAAUCAAAACUCGUGAUCACCAGGGCUGGAGAGGAGAGAGGCCAGGGGAGAUGCUUCCCACUGAUGGGGUUCUGACAGGCUCCGAAGGGCCACACUGGCCUUCAAGAGCCUGGACUUGGGGCUGAGAAAGAGACACCUGAGAGUUAGUAAAUGGCGUUUCAGUGA